UGCAAAGCUGAGGAAAAUGGCUACUGACUCCGGAGAACCUACUACUGAUGAAUCUGAUAAACCAGCUGGAUUUUCUGCAGAGAAGAACUUGGCCCCUCAGGACUCUUCCUUGGCCAGGCAGGCAAGCAUAGAGAGCACCGACAAGCCCAGCUCUGCUUCAGGCACUAAUGAAAGAAAAAGAUUCUUUAGGAAGAGCGUGGACAUUACUGAGGAUGAUAGAAUUUUGGAGCAACCCCUCAAAGAGGAGGCGGUCCCUUCCUGUGUGGUCCAGCAGCAAUUGGAUGGCAAUGUAUCGAUUGCUACAGACUUGGUGCAAGAAGGCAAGAGCGAAUCCAAAAUGGUCUCCGAGGCCAGUAAGGACACCCCCCGAGAAAAGACCGAAAAGGAGAUGGAAGAGGAGGCAGAGAUGAAAGCUGUGGCAACAUCACCCAGCGGACGGUUUUUGAAAUUUGACAUCGAGUUGGGCCGAGGGGCCUUCAAAACUGUUUUCAAGGGACUGGACACGGAGACUUGGGUCGAAGUCGCUUGGUGCGAGCUGCAGGACAGAAAACUAACCAAAGCAGAGCAGCAACGAUUUAAAGAAGAGGCAGAAAUGUUAAAGGGGCUUCAGCAUCCUAACAUUGUGCGGUUCUAUGAUUCCUGGGAGUCCACAUUGAAGGGGAAGAAAUGCAUAGUCUUGGUGACGGAGCUGAUGACAUCUGGCACUUUAAAAACUUACUUGAAACGGUUCAAGGUUAUGAAGCCAAAAGUAUUAAGGAGUUGGUGUAGACAGAUCUUGAAAGGGCUUCAGUUCCUCCACACUCGGACUCCCCCUAUUAUCCAUCGUGAUCUAAAAUGUGACAACAUCUUUAUUACUGGGCCCACUGGCUCCGUGAAGAUUGGAGACCUUGGUCUGGCCACUCUGAUGAGGACAUCCUUUGCAAAGAGUGUGAUUGGAACCCCAGAAUUCAUGGCCCCCGAAAUGUAUGAGGAGCAUUACGACGAGUCAGUGGAUGUCUAUGCAUUUGGCAUGUGCAUGCUGGAAAUGGCUACCUCAGAAUAUCCAUACUCUGAAUGCCAGAAUGCCGCUCAGAUCUACCGCAAAGUAACCAGCGGUAUUAAACCUGCCAGUUUUAACAAAGUGAACGAUCCCGAGGUAAAGGAAAUCAUAGGGAGCUGCAUUCGGCAGAAUAAGACGGAGAGGUUGUCUAUCAAGGAUCUCUUGAACCAUGCUUUUUUUGCUGAAGACACUGGUCUGCGGGUGGAACUGGCAGAGGAAGAUGAUGGCAUCAACGCUUCUUUAGCUUUGAGACUCUGGGUGGAAGAUCCCAAAAAACUCAAAGGGAAACAUAAAGACAACGAAGCUAUAGAAUUCAGCUUUAACUUGGACGCAGACAAUCCUGAUGAAGUGGCCUUUGAAAUGGUGAAAUCUGGAUUUUUCAAUGAAAGUGAUAGUAAAGCCGUUGCCAAAUCCAUACGGGAUCGAGUGUGCUUACUAAAGAACACAAGAGAAAGGAAGUUGCUCUCAGGACAGUUAGAAGAUCGCCGUGAUUCACAGAGCAGAUCUUCUGGGGCCCCGUCUCACCAGUCCGGUGCCUGUGUUACUGCAAGCCUCUCACAGCCAGGCGUUGAGAGCGAGGAGACCGAGGUGGAUCAACAUGUACGGCAGCAACUCCAACAGCAGCAGUAUCAACAGUGCUCCUCAGUCACAGUUGAUAGCAUGUCUGAUGCAGGAACAGGUUCUGUAACACUGUCUUCAGACACUUCCAGUCAGCACAGUGCCAUCUAUGCGGCUUCCCACGAAGCGAUAAGCGCACAGCAAGUCCCUGGCAUGCCAACAAAUGAAAGCGGUCAUAUGGGGCAGUUUUAUCCACCACAACAAGUCAUGGGACACUAUCAGCAGACACAGGCGAUACCCUUGGCACAGAUGUUACCGAUGCAGUGCCUAGCUCAACCUAAUUCUCCAUACCAACAAGUGACCAUGGUAGAAGGACAGCUUACUGCACAGGCAUUGGAUGCUCAGAUGUCCUUUUCGGCAGAAGGGAAAGCUCUUUCACACACUAACACAGUUGAUGCCCCAGCAAUGCCAGUGAUGCAGCCACCAUAUUCUGCACUGUCCCCUCAAAUAAUAUCAGGACAGAUAGCAGCUCAGCAGACAAGGGCUGGUGUCCAUCUUGACAAUUGUGGCAUAGCAGGGAUGCAAGUGCUUUCUGCCCCUACUGGUGAUCAAGUUCCAACACUAAUAUAUGGCAUACAGAAUGUGAUGGGAGUCCAGACUAAUGCACAGCAACAACAGAUGUCUACUAUACAGCAACUGCCUUUACAAGAUCCUUUAAUGUUCUCAACAAAUGUACAGCAAGGACAGAAUUUUCACAUGCAUUCUCACUUGGAACAGAAUCCACAGCCUCAGGCCUCUUAUCAGUCUCCACCAGCACAGCAGCAAAUUGUUUUACAGCCAACAGUGGCUACACAGUCACCUCAGAUAACAUACGCAGCUGCUGUUGCGCAGGGAACAAUCACACAGCAAGUACGCAUGGAGCAACAGUAUGAAAUGGAGCAUUUGGCAUUUAGUGCUCAGACAUCGUCUGUCCCAGAAACAGCCGGGCAGAUGCAACAAACGCUGACUGUCCAUGAGCAACCUCCUUACAAUCAGCCCCCUGUACCACAGAUUCCUGUCCAGCAGUCUACCUGUCAACAGGAGAAGGCAGCCUGUUCCUCACAGAUGGGUAAUGCCUCUGUAGUAGAGCAAUCAGUUUUAUCUCAACCUGUAGCCAUUUCUUCAGAGAAAUUGCUUUCUCAGGCUAAUGCCAUGCACAAUCCUGCAGAACAACCUCUCUAUAUACAAAUCCCUCCAAUGGAUACAUAUCGACAGCAGCCCAUAGCUCCUGACCAGGCUCUGUGCAUGCAGAUGGCUUCCUCUGCCGUGUUACCUGAACAGAUAAUAUACAGUCAACAAGUACUUCAGCCUUCUGACCAGCCAUGUUAUGUGCAACAAAACGUAUCCAUGUCUGAACAGCUAAUGCACACCCAGCAUGAUAGAACAGAUCAUGGUAUGUACCCUAGGCAAGCCACUCUGCAAGCUGAGCAAGCUGUUUACCAACCACACUUGUUAUUGGCUGAAAAUCCUGGGUAUCCACCACAAGCGGCAUCAACUGAACUGCACGCAUAUAUUCAGCAAACUGUGUCGGUUGAAAAGCCACAGUUUGUACAGCAAGCUGAGCAGACAAUAUGUCCACAGCCAACAAAACCUUCAUUUGAGCAGCCUGUUUAUGCCCAGCCAACCGUACCAUCAUCUGAAAAGAUAGGGUAUGGCCAGCAAGCCAUGCCAUCAGCUGAAAUGUUGCAGCAUGCCCAGCCUGCUAUGCCGUGUGAGCAAGCAAAGUAUCUCCAGCAGGUUGUUCCUCCAACUGGCCAGAUAGGCUAUGCUCAGCCAAUGCCACAGUCUUCUGAGCAGUUGGUGUUUUCACAGCAGGUCAUUCCACAAGUAGAUAAAGCAUUGUAUGCCCAGCAUAUUGUGCCUCCAUCUGAGCUGCAGCCAGUGGGUCCACAGCAAGUCCUGACAGUUUCUGAACAGCAGCAAAGAAUGCAACUACCUGAGCACCAAGUUACGUCAGUGUGCGGGCAGGCACCAGUAUAUGGCCAGCAAGUCGCUCCACCACCUGAACUGCAGCCUGUGUAUACGCAGCAAGGGGUCUCGCAACCUGAACAAGCAGUUGUCUUUGCCCAGCAUGGUGUGCUGCAACAUGAACAGCAGCCAGUGUUUGUACAGCCUUCUAUUCUGCCACCUGAGCAGCAGGUUUAUACUGUAACACCUCUUCCAGAGCAGCCCAUGCAUUCUCAGCAUGGUAAUCCACCAACCGAGAAGUCCAUGUAUAGCCAGCAUGUACAGCAACAGACUGACCAACUCCUAUAUGCCCAACAAAUGUAUGCACAGCAUGGAGUGAUCGGAUCUGAAAAGUCUGUUUUUACACAGCAUGCAGUAACACAGAUGGACCAGACUGUAUAUGCUCAGCAUGCUGUGCCACGAUUGGAGCAGCCCAUGUAUUCACAGCAGAUUGUGCCACCACUGGAGCAGCCUAUGUAUGUCCAACAUUCUGUGACACCAUCUGAUCAGAGUGUCUAUAUGUCUCCUCCUGUACAGCCAAGUGAGCAGUUGGCAUAUCAACAACACAUACAGAAAACUGAUCCACCUGUUGGAGUAUUACAGUGCCAACCCAUAAAUGUACAAAAUGCCCCUACUGAUCAAUUUUUAUAUGCCCGUGAAGCUGUUUUGCCCAAUGAGCAGAAAUACAACCAACAGACUGUAGCACCACCCGUCCAGCAAAAUCUGGGCCCUCCACCUCAGCUAGUUUGUAACCAACAAGUAGUCCCCUUAGCUGAACAGCAAGCAUAUACCCAGUCAGCUACUCAGCCUUUGCAACCCAACACGCAUUUGAUGGCUGCUGCCGACCAGCUUCCUAUUGCGCAGCAUGCAGUACCUUUGGCUGAACCACAUCUACAUAGUUCCGUAUCUCCACAGCCAGUGUUUGUUCCUCAGCCAGUUGCUCUUGCAGAACAUGUAUACAUCAACCAGGCUGCUCCUUCAGCUGAUCAACAGCUGUAUACCCAUCAAGCAGCUCCCCAGUCCAAUCCAUCGCUUUACAUGUCCCAACCAAUGCCUGCCACACAUCAGCCCUUGUAUGCUCCAGUGCAACAUGUUCCUGCUACAGAGCACCCAGUCAUGUACAGCCAUGGGGUUCCUGCAUCUGUCCAUGGUAAUUUGCCUCCUUCGGAUAGACUUGCAUAUGUUCACAACUCGAUAUCUUCCUCAGAGCAGUUGGUUUAUGGACUUCAUUCCAUGCCAUCUGCAGAAAAGACCAAUUAUGUGCAGGCCAGUGAUCAGCAAGCAAAUCUUCACUUACUGAAGACUAUGACCCCCCCACAAGAGCACAGACCAGACCUGCUAGCUGAGAACCAUGUACAUCAUGCUCAACAGUCUGUUCAGUCUCUGGAUCAACAAACAUUGCUGAUGCAGCCAGAAAUGGAACAAAAGACUCAGACAGAUCUCAGUCAAGUACAAGGGAUGGAACAGUCAGGUGUUCUGAAAUUGGAAACCAUUUAUGGUGUCCAUGCUGAUUCCGGUAGUUUUGAUGCUUCAGUGGGAAAUGGCAAGCAUGAAAAGAUGAAACGCAGAGCUUCUUGUCCUCGUCAAGAGAAGAUGACUCGGUUUAACUUGUCUUUCUUAGGGGUUUCGAAAUUUGGAGAUAACAUGGUGGAAUGCCAACUGGAGACUCAUAGCAACAAAAUGGUCGCUUUUAAAUUUGAUGCAGAUGGUGAUGCUCCGGAGGACAUUGCUCUUUACAUGGUUGAAGAUGAUUUUGUGCUGGAAGCAGAAAAGGAUAAAUUUGUGGAGGAAUUGAAGCUAAUUGUUACCCAGGCCCAGGAGAUCAUGCGCACCAUUCCAGCUGUGGAGAGAAGUGAAACCACCACAACAGAAUCUGGCAGCCAAGUGAGUGGGUCAUCUGAACACACACAGAUAGCUGUCCAAACCUCUUCGCAGGCAGGAGGGGAUUCGGUACUGCAGUCCUCACCAGUUGGCCGAUGGAGAUUUUUCAUUAACCAAACAAUUCGAAAUCGUGAAGCUCAGUUCAGUCCAGUUACUAAAGUUCCUCAUCAAGUUACAGGUGUGUAUGCGUGGGUAUAUGAUGAACCAAAAAGCCAUAGUCUCCCCGAGGAUUCUUUUCACUCUGGGCAGAGCUGCUCUGAUCUGGCAGAGCACUCUUCCCUCCCCACUUUAAUAGAUGGUCAGGUUUCUGUUAAGGAAACUGAGCCUACGACAUCCACAGCUCAUGUGACUGAUGACGGUGGAAAUGUACCCUCUCCUGCUAACAGCACGCCCACACAAGUACUGCAGACCAAGACAGAGGAUGAUGUACCAGUGAGCAAUAUUGCCGUCUUAUCUGAAGGUCAACAGCAGGGCACGCAGCUCUGUAGCGAUCAGGAUGCACAAGUAUUAAAUGGUUUGACAUGCACAGUAGAGAACACUGCCCAUUCAACUUCUAUCUGCUUACCUGCUCAAAGUACUACAGGUUUGUCUUUUGGCCUCGCUUUGUCAGACAAUGCAACUCCUUCGGAGGGGCCUACAUUUGCUCAGACACCUGUCUCAGAAUCAUCACUUGCGCACUCCGCUUCGGUUCAGGAGUCUGACACAGAAGGGCCACCCAAAAGAGACUUUGCAGACAACCGCAUCAAAACCUUGGAUGAGAAACUGAGAACCCUGUUGUAUCAGGACAGCUCUCCUAGUUCCUAUGCCGACAGUCAGAAGGAGACUCAGAGCACCGAGUCUCCCCUUUCUUCAUCUGCCGAGGAUACCCUGUCUUGUCCUGCCCCUGAAGCCACAGAUGUGAAUACUGACAGCAUUCAGGCCACACCAGAGGAGGCAGAACCUAUUGAUUCCAUGGUAGCCAAAGAUCCUGAAUCUGUCAUUACUGUACCUGGUCAGUUGACGCCAUCUGAAAGUUCUGAAGAAGCCUGGCACCCCGGGAGUUCUCAUGCCUGCACCAAGCGCUCUAUGGGCAGCGGAGCCGCGCAUCUACAGACAGGAGCUGAUGAGGAUGGCACGAGACGGGAAGUAUCUGAUGCCACGCAGAGAGUUGUAGAAGCACUGGCUGAAUGUGCCUUGUCCGAGGGGACGACCUCUGGAACCAGUGCCUUCAAGCGUGGGCGGUUUCAGGUUGUUACUGUCCCGCAACAAGAGCAGCGCAGUAGUAAUGAACCUGCCGGUGUCCCUCCCACAUCCCUGCAGACACAGAAAGCCAUCCCUUUUGAAGAAUCAGGGUCUGCUGAAACCAAAGCAGAGGAGACGCCGCAGUCCGCUAGCACGGCGAGCGAGACAGAUACCUCUUCUCUAACCCCAGACCGGGAGCUAGAAGAAACCUCUGCAACUGGCAGCAGUGCUCAGUCUAGGCCUACACUGUGGAUGACAGAUGGCAACAAAGAAGAGAACAACUUUCCAAAGCAGCCAAGUAGCGAUUCUGAAUUGUCUGCCGCUCCCAGCACAGGGCAGGAACUGGUCGCCCGGCCAAACAAAGUACAAGAGGCUGAACAAAACUCGCAUGGGGACAAGGCAUUUCCCCAAAAGCAAAACUCCCUUCUGUACUCUCCAUCAUCUCCCAUGAGCAGCGACGAUGAGUCUGAACUAGAAGAUGAGGAGUUGAAAGGGGAGCUGCAGAAAUUGCGAGAGAAGCACAUUCAAGAGGUUGUAACUUUACAGGCCCAGCAGAACAGAGAACUGCAGGAGGUAUACGCGCGCCUGCGUAUGUUUAGAGAGAGCAAAGCACAGGUCUCCGAUACUUCCUCCCAGCCAAUGUCCCCCCGUCGUCCCAGGUCACUAAAAUGUAAGCAGCGGAGCAGGACCCAUUCUUUCACGCACAUGGACAAUGGACUUGUACAUUCAGACCAACAGGGCACUGAGAGCAAUUCGGAUGCUAGUCAGCAGUCGGUCUUGGGGAAGAAAAGCAUGUUCACAGAUGACCUGCACAAAUUAGUGGAUGACUGGGCCAAGGAGAAUGCAGGCAAUGUCCAUCAAAAACCCAGCCUGAAUCAGAUCAAACAGAACCAGAAUCGGUCAGAUUCAGAAAACUGGAAUCGGGUUCAUGAGAAUUCAUCAGCUUCCCCUGGCUAUCCACCGACCUGGAUUCCCACAAUAUCUCAGAUUCACGGGACUGUUCCUGCUGCUAUUUCUUCAUCUCUUGUACACCCAAACUUUCCAACAGGAGGAAUUCAACCAUACCCAGCACCACACACCUGCCAGUUCAAUGCAAUGGGCAGCACUGGCUACCCAGUACAAUGGCCUACCCAGACACCAGGCCUUCCCGCACAGCAUCUUGCAGCAUACCAACCUGGAAUCGGGAUGCAAGCAUUUCCCUCUGCCACAGCGCAGAAAGCUGCUACAAUACCAUCAUCCCCCAAAUGAUCCCCCAAAAGACAUUGGCCUGUUCUCUGGGAUACAUACCACCAUGCACCCAUGCGCUCUUGGUUUAGUGGUUUUAGCCUACCCGAUUGAGGAUUGGCUGUGAU